AUGUCUUCUUUCGAAGAGCCCGCAGACUCGCGGAGUCUAGACAGCGACCGCAAAUGGAGUCUGCAGCCACUCAUUCGCCAUGCGGAGCGCUCGCAUAGCAAAAUGCCCGGCAUUAGAAAGAUCCCCCUUCGAGCAAUUGGAAUCAUCGCGUUCAUCGCACUUUUGAACAUUAUUGUCUGGGCUGCGGCGGCGAUUGUGUUGAGCUACCAUCCUUCGCUUGUUUCCACCGCUGCAUUGGCCUAUUCUCUCGGAUUGAGACAUGCAUUCGACGCAGAUCAUAUCUCCGCCAUCGAUCUUAUGACAAGACGACUGUUGGCAACGGGACAAAAGCCCGUUACCGUGGGCACAUUUUUCUCACUUGGACAUUCGACGAUUGUGAUCAUUACAUCUAUCGUUGUCGCUGCGACGGCUGCUGCUGUCUCCUCGCGGUUUGACAGCUUCAGUACUAUCGGUGGCAUCAUUGGCAGUUCUGUCAGCGCUGCGUUCUUGAUUCUGCUUGGUAUCAUGAAUGCGUACAUCUUGUUCAAGUUGAUCAAGCAAAUGCAGAAGGUUUUCCGUCUACCGGAAGGUCAAGAAGAUGAGGCUUGGAAGAUUGAGGGUGGUGGAAUUCUGUUCUCGAUUUUGAAGAAGAUGUUCAAAUUGAUUGACAGACCAUGGAAGAUGUACCCCCUUGGAAUCCUAUUCGGUCUCGGUUUCGAUACCUCGUCUGAGAUUGCACUGCUUGGGAUUUCAUCCAUUGAAGCGGCAAAGGGAACCUCCUUCUGGGUGAUUCUUAUUCUCCCUGCCCUUUUUACUGCUGGAAUGUGUCUCCUGGAUACAAUCGACGGGGCUCUCAUGUUCUCGCUCUAUAUCCAACCCGCGGCGAACUUCCUCCCAGCAAAGCCAUCGACCACUUCAGAUGCGUCAUCAGCAACUAGCGAUGGCGAUGAGCUUCCUCAAUCGCACAAUAACCACCGCGACCCAGUUGCCUUCCUCUACUACUCAAUUGUGCUCACUACGCUAACUGUCAUUGUCGCAAUUGUUAUUGGUGUAAUCCAACUGCUCACCCUGAUCUUGAAUGUGACUGAUGCAACGGGCAAGUUCUGGGACGGAGUCCAGGUCGCUGGUGACUACUAUGACGCUAUUGGUGGCGGAAUUUGUGGCUGCUUCCUUAUAUUUGGUGGUUUGAGUGUUCUCGUCUAUAAGCCCUGGCGCAGGUGGAUGGAUCAGCGCCAUGGAAAGAAUGCUGUUGAUGAUGAGGAGAGGUAUGGGGAUGAGGAUCCUAAUUUUCAUGCUGGUAGCGAGGGUGCUAUUGUUACUGAGACGGCCGGUUAUGUUCCGGGCGAAAGAACCGAGGCUAUUGGGAAGGGCGCUUCAGCUCAGAUUGCUGUGAGAGAGACUGGUGAGCCGAGACUUGAGUCGCAUGUUGUUUGA